AUGAGGGAUGAGCAUGAUGCCAUGAUUAAAUGUCCCACAGCCACGAAGGACUCUGCACGGCAGCCAACUGCUUCCCCUGUCCUGUGCUUCCUCUGGGAACAUUCUCCAAGACUCUCAGGCCCAUUCGAGCAAACAUUGUCAAGAGUACCCAGAGAUACCUCUGCCAGCUCCAAAACGGAUCAAAAUCCCCCAGUUGAGGUCAGAAGCCAUACAGUAGCUAAUGUCAUAGACCAGUUGUCAGGGACCGUGCUAAUGAAGAUGUGCGCAGUGGCCCUUUUCUUGAGCAUCCUUGCAGCCGCUGUGUGGUUGGGCCUCUCAAUGACAACACCCGAGUCCUCUGGAGGAGGUGCAAAUCCUGGAGGAGAGGAAGAAGGAAAAGGAUGUGUUCCUACACUGUUGCCGAAAGCAGACGUUGGACUAUGCCGGAACCUUGAAGUUUUCUACAUGGAGUUGGGGAACGUCAGCUGCAAAAUUAUUCCUAAGUGCAAUCUAUACAGACAGAAGAUCACAACAUGGCCGCAGCCGAUAGUCAAGUUUCCCGCAGCCAUGGAUGGUGCGCAGUACCUGCUGGUGAUGGUGGAUCCGGAUGCCCCCAGCAGGAGAGACCCCAGGAUGAAAUACUGGAGACACUGGGUGGUGUCCAACAUCACAGCUGCCAACCUAAAAGCUGGGAAUAUUCGGGGCAAUGUGAUAACAGACUACCAGCCUCCUACCCCACCACCGACCACUGGCUUACACCGCUAUCAGUUCUUCGUCUAUCUUCAGGGAGACAGGGUCAUCUCCAUCCCCACCAGAGAGAACAGAAACCGAGGUGCUUGGAGACUGCAGAAAUUUCUGCAGGACCACAGGCUGCAGAAUCACGAAACAAGCACCCAGUUCAUGACUGAACAUGAUGGGCAGUUUGCACCACCGGAUUAUUGAAUGAACGAGGCCAAAGGCAAGUUCAGUGAAAGAUAGAGCUGUCCACUGAGCUGAGAACUUUACCUUCCAGGUGUGUGCCCAUGUCAUGUGAUUCACUAUAGACGG